AUGCUGGCCUCCUCCGUGCUCCGUUCCCGUGGCGUGCAGUCGUCGGCCGCGUCGACGUCCCGCCGGUUCGCCAGCGUGCAGGCCUCCGCGCCCACCUCCAAGGCCGUGCUGACGCCCGACGCCUCCGCGGACCAGAAGCUCACGGAGACGCAGGCCCACGACCAGUACCUGCACCGGCCCGUGACGUACCCGCUGGACAAGAUCAAGGUGGUGCUGCUGGAGAACAUCCACCCGCGCGCCAAGGAGGUCUUCGAGCGCGAGGGCUACACGGUGGAGACGCACAAGCGCGCGAUGUCGGGCGAAGAGCUGGCGCGCGUCGGCGGCGACGCCCACAUCCUGGGCAUCCGCUCCAAGACGCAGCUGGACCCCGAGUUCUUCAACACUGUGGGCUGGCACGAGCACCGCCUCUGGGCCGUGGGCUGCUUCUGCAUCGGCACCAACCAGGUGGCGCUGCAGGACGCCGCGGGCGCUGGCAUUCCCGUGUUCAACGCGCCCUUCUCCAACACCCGCUCCGUGGCCGAGAAGACGCUGAGCGAGAUCAUCGCGCUGCACCGCAAGCUGUUCCUGCGCUCCACGGAGCUGCACCAGGGCAUCUGGACCAAGUCGGCCACGGGUGCGCACGAAGUGCGCGGCACCACGCUGGGCAUUGUCGGCUACGGCCGCAUUGGAUCCCAAGUGUCCGUGCUGGCGGAGCUGCUGGGUAUGAAGGUGGUGUUCUACGACCCCAUCAAGUGUCUGCCGCUGGGCAACGCCCACCAGGUGGAGACGCUGGAGGAGCUGCUCGGUAUGGCCGACGCCGUGACCCUCCACGUGCCUGCCACCCCCACCACCAACAAGAUGAUCAACCGCGAGACCAUCGCGCAGAUGAAGGACGGCGCACUGUUGGUCAACAACGCGCGUGGCUCGGUCAUUGACAUCGAGGCGGCCAAGGAGGCCGUGGAGAGCGGCAAGAUCGUCGGCAUGGCGGUGGACGUGUUCCCCAAGGAGCCGGCCAAGAACGGCGAGCCGUUCGACACGCCCCUGCGCGGUCUGCCGAACGUGAUCCUCACGCCCCACAUUGGUGGCAGUACCGAGGAGGCCCAGGGCAACAUUGCUGUGGAAGUGGCCUCGAAGCUGGUGCGCUACAUCAACGACGGCUCCACCACCACGUCCACGAACACGCCCGAGAUCGACAUGCUGCCCAUCCGCAACAACUCGAUGCGUAUCCUGCACAUGCACCAGAACGUGCCCGGCGUGCUGAGCAAGAUCCACUCGGUGCUGUCGGACUACGGCAUUAACGUGACGUCGCAGUACCUGCAGUCGGACCCUCGCCACGGCUACAUCGCGCUCGAGGUGGAGAAGUUCCACGCCAAGGUGGUGACACGCGAGCUCGAGAAGAUCAAGGAGACCAUCUUCCUGCGCACCAUCAUUUAAGCAGUGAGCUUCCGCUCUUGACAUGAUCGUGGACGGGCUGGGCUGGGCUGGCUCCGACUGCAGGAGUCUGCAGUGAUUGGGGCUGUGGAGAAAGCAACAACAGCAAAUCAGCAACUAACCCAACACGAAAAUGUAUGUGAACGACGUCGUCCUCGAGUGGUUGGCGCUCGUGACUGUAGGCGCAAUUGAUGGAGGGGAUAGAUACACACUCGUCCCUCCUGUUGGCAACCUGGUAGGCAGAUAGAUAGAGGAGACCAUAGAGAUAGACGUCUACCAGCAUCCCAAUACAAUACCCGCCUGCUGCGUCGUUCCAUUUCCGAGGGACACGCAGGGCUGCUUC